UGUUCUUUGUGUGAGUGAGAGAUAUUUAAUAGGAAGUCGAAGAUCAAGAUCAUGGGGGACUCCGCUGCUUCAUAUAUCCACACGGUGCACCACCUGAUCGAGAAAUGUCUUCUCUUCCAUAUGACCAAAGAAGAGUGCAUGGAAGCUCUCUCUAAACAUGCAAACAUACAACCACUCAUUACCUCCACUGUAUGGAAGGAGCUAGAGAAAGAGAACAAGGAAUUCUUCGAGGAGUACGCGAGAAAGAGAGGAGACCGCAUGUCCGAACAGGAGACAAGUCAAAAGAUCCACAACAUACUGUCUGAUUGUUCGACCGCAAGAGAUUCCGAUAAUUAAGCCCUCUU